AUGAGUUUUCUUUACUUCGUCCUGCCUGCGUUGGGAGGAUACACACUCGCCUCCCUGUAUCUGCUGAAGAACCCCCAUGUACUGCACAAAAAGAAACGGGCCGCCUUCUCUGCCAGGCACAUCUCCCACCGAGGAGGAUGUGGGGAGAGGAUAGAAAGCACCAUGGAGGCGUUCACAAAUGCGGCGGAGAAAGGCACGCAGAUGUUCGAGCUGGACUGUCAACUGACGCGUGACGGCUACGUGGUGGUGUCACAUGAUCAGCAGCUGCAGAGACAGACGGGACGUGAUGUCAACCUCUCCUCCCUGAAUCUACAGGAUUUGCCUUUAUAUAAAGAGAAACUGGAGGUGACAUUCAACCAAGGUCACAAUUGUGACAGUUACAACGAGUAA